AUGAAGAUGGCAGCACCUGCAUCACCAUCCCCUGCCUGUGAAAUGGGUGAAGGUGCUAAGGAUGAUGCUACCAAUGGCCUAUGUUUGAAGAGAAUUGAUGAUGAUUAUGAUGAUGAUAAGAGGUGUGAAUCUUCAUCAUUUUAUGGAAAUUCUGAUGACUCCAUCUUGUCGACAUUGUCGGAUCUUACAGAUGAUGCAACCUCCACAUCUCCGAGCUCGUCGUCUUCCCUCUCAUCAAAUGCAUCGCAAUUUGAUCCAAAUCAAUCUUCUUUCGACUUAUCUUCGCUCGUGGACGACCUCCCAAUCAAAAGAGGGCUGUCCAAGUAUUUUGAAGGGAAAUCAGAGUCGUUUAGAUCUCUAUCUGAUGCUAGAUGCAUUGAAGAUCUUGUGAAAAAAGUGAAUCCCAGCAGAAAGAGGUUAAAGGCAUCCGGUGACCAUGGAUUCAAUUCGACACAAAAGCACUGCAACAGAUCAAGGUUCCAUGGCAGGACAACAUGGAAGAAAACCUCCAGGGGUUCGACUGUCUCUUCCUUGCUGGCAAGAAGGAACAGAAGCACUGCUUUGUUUAGUAGCAAGAUGCUCAAUCUACCACCGCAUGAGAACCUGCAGUGAAGGUGCACAACAUCAAUUCAAUGUAAUAUCAUACAGAUCUAUGUUACGAAGAGAGUUCAUUUUGAUCAUUUUCCCCCUUUGUUCAUGCCAUGGAACCAUGAAUAAUCAGUCCUAUAUGUAGAGUGCCAAACUAAUCGGAAAGAAGUUGGGUUGAUAAUUACUUUGUGCAUUUAUAUUUUGCUCGCUUGAUAAAGACAGCAGUUCUUUUGUGCCUA